ACAAAGCUGGAAAUUUUCGGUUCACAGAAUUUGAAAUGGGACUAGUUAACCUGAGUUCAGUCCUCCUCUCCCUCUCUCUCCUGCCAUGCAUGGAUUUUUUUAUACUAGGUCUGAUGUAAUGAAUAAAGGGAAUCUUGGAAUCUGAUGACUUAUAAUUUGUCUCUUUUUCUCAGAUGUCUUUUCUUUGGUGAUGUUUCUUCGAAGACGAAUCCUACAACAUACUUGAAUUCUAUAUUUUCUUUAUAUGAUUACUAUAAGAAGGAAUACUGCUUAUCUGACCAGAGUGAUAGACCUACCAAGACUGGAUUGCCUCUUGUUGUGAAUACACCUGGCUGGGUGAAAGGUGUUGGUUAUGAUUUAUUGGUGGAUAUGUUGAAAUAUAUUGCCCCUACCCAUGUUGUUAAAAUAAACAUAUCAGCCAAGAGUAAGAAUCUACCAAGUGGGGCAUUCUGGUUAGAUGAGGAUCAUGAUGCUAUGCUAAAUCUGAUAGAGAUCAAUUCAGCUCGUCAGGACUCUUUCAAUAGAUCGGUUCUAGUACAAAAGGAUGCACGUCUGUUGCAUGAUGUACGAAUACUGGCUUAUUUCAGGCAGUGCUUUUCAAGUAGCCUAAACAUUACUACAAUCAAAGAACUUGCUAAUGCUCUGGCCUCUCAACCUCCUUAUGAAGUUCCAAUAUCUAGCAUCAAGAUUAGACAUCUCCAUUGUCAGGUCCCAGGUGCUGAGAGCUUCUACAGUUUGAACGCAACCAUUGUUGGCUUGGCAGUUAGCUCUGGAGGAUCAAAAGAUUUACCUUGGUGUGUUGGUCUUGGAAUUGUGAGAGGCAUUGACACAGUCAAAGGCUUGCUAUAUGUGAUAACACCUGUUCCAAGAGGCACUCUGGAGAAGGUCAAUCUUUUCCUGCAAGGUUAUAUCCAAAUUCCUACUGUGUUGUUGCAGGUGCAGGGCUGCAUAUCGCCUUACAUGUCUGCAAAUGUUCUCUCAACAAGCUAAGCUCGUUCACAGUUGCUUGGGUUUCAAACAACAUCCUUUACAGUCAUUAAGCUAAGUUUUAUCCCACCAUGCGAGAGACUGACAACCAAUAGGUCAGCUUGCAUAUGGAAUUCCAAAUAGACGAUAUUUUUUUAUCGCAUGGAUUUGAUAGUAAAGGAAAUGUGAAAUGGUUAUC